AUGUCUAUACAAAAAAAUAUAUUUUCUGAUAGAUCUUAUCUCAAACAAAUAAAUAAAAAUUUCGAUCAUUUAAUUAAAUUAAUUCAAACUACUUAUAAACCAUUAUCACUAUCUUAUGAUGUAAAAUUAUUUGAAAUAAAUAUAGUAUCAUUUGAAUUUUUACAAGAAUUUAAUGGAUCAAAUCAAAAUCAACAAAUUCAAUUAUUAGCAAAUAUAAAUAAUUUACAUCAAUUAUGGCAGUUUUUAUCAUUAAAUCCAACAUCUUAUGAUUGUUUGACUUUUAUUGACGAACUUUAUCAACUUACAUUAACUUUUUCUUCAGUUAAGCAACAUUUAGCAUUACAUUCAGAAGAUUUUCUCUUAACAUUAGGUAUUUCAUAUGAUGAUAAUAUAAGAUUUGGUUGUUUUAAAAUAUUAGCUUUGUUGAUUAAUGAUGCACAACCAGAUAGUAAACAAACUAUUGCACGUUUUAAUCGAAUAUUCUAUGAUUGUCUUUAUGAUUUUAAUAUUUAUUAUGAAGAAAUAAAAUGUUUUACAAUUGAAUCACGAAUUAUUGAUUUAACAAAAGAUGAUAUCAAUCAUUUAAUCAAUGGAGAAAAUAUUCGCGUAGAUUUAGAAAAAGAAAUAAACCAAACAAUUGAAGAAUUAGGUGGAUAUGUCUUCUUUAAAAUGCAUAGAAGUCCAAAAGAUGCCUAUGAAAAUCUUAGUAAAGAAAUUAAUAAUGAAUGGAUUCGUAUUUGGAAUUUAACAGAAGAUGAAGAUCCUUAUUUGAAUUUUAUGAAAAUUCAAAAUGUUAAUCAAUUAAAAUUACUUUUUAAAAAUAGUGAUCGUCUUCGACAAGAUUUAAAUGAACUAUCUUCAAAUGAAAAAUUAAUUUUACGAAAAUGGAUUUCAAAUAUAUCAAAUGAAUAUCGAUGUUUUAUAUGUAAUGGAAAAUUAAAUGCUAUUUCAACUUAUGGAUCACAACAAAAUUCAAUAGAGAAUGAAAAACGAAUGAAAGAUUUCAUCAACUCAAAAAGUUUUCAAGAUAUUAUUUUAACAAUUCCAUAUAGCCAUGGAGUUGUUGAUUGCGCAAUUGAUUGGAUUAAUUAUAAUGUAAUUAUCAUAGAAAUAAAUCCAUUUAGUAAACGAUCAUCAGCAGCUAAAUUUUCAUGGAUAAUUGAUAGAGAUAUUCUCUAUUAUUAUUUUGAUAAUUAUGGAUGUGUUAAUAUUAAAUUCUAG